CGUAGUUUAGUGUAUAAUUAUAUAAUUUGGUGGGAUUUGUGUAACCAUUGUUUGACACUUGUAGCUUUUUUUCUUCAGAUCUUGCGUAAUGCUUUUUGGUAUGCUUUGAAAAAUCUAUAAUGUCUAAUAAUGACAGAAUAUUAAUAAGUAGUGGUGUUUACAAAAUUGAAGGUGAUGGCCUCUAAUAAGGAUGUUGAUUCGAUCAGAGCAGAGCUUCAACCAAGUGAGAUAUUGGGGGAGACUGCUAAAAAUAUGCAGUGUAGUUCUGUAUCGGAAACUAAUAUUGUACCUUCUGUAGAGAAAGGGAGUGAAUUAUCACGUGAUGUUUCUUUUAAGUGCAAUUCUGUGAGCAGUGAAAAUAGUGAAGAAUGCAUUACUCCUGUAAAACAAAAUAGCACUUAUGAAUUUGCUUCACCUGAAACUGAUGAAAAUCGUACUAUUUCAACCGAUUCGGAUGGAAGUAGCCCAUUGUUUAAGAAACGAAAAUUAUUUGACUUAGAAGCUAUUUCUCCAAGUCAAAGUUAUAUAUUCUCUGAUGCACAGAUUGCAAAAGAAGAUAUGACUUGUGCUGUAAUUGCUUCAGAAAAGGCCUUAAAUACCUUUGUUGAAUGCCUUGAAGGUAUAAAUUUUGAAAAUACUAAAUCAAGUGUUACGGAUUCUUGUGAUACCGCUGAUGUGAACGUUAAAGAAAAUAGAGAAUCAAGUACUGCUGCUACGUGUGAUGUAACUGAUAUCAGCUAUGAAAAUGCAUGCAGUUCUAAGGUUAAUGACCAGUCUAGAAAAGGUAUUAAACGUAAGAGAAGAAGUAUGCUGUCUAGUAGUUCUGUAACAGAAGAUGUUCAUACAGUACCUCAUAGACCUGGUAUUGAGUGGAAAAUUGGAGAAGCACUGAAAGUUAAAGAAAAAUCGCUUUGGUAUGAUGCUAAGAUUGUAGAUAUUGAUUUAGUAAAAUUAAGAGUUAAAGUACAUUAUUUAAAUUGGAAUUCAAGAUAUGAUUCAUGGUUAUCAAUGUUGAGUGAAAAUAUAAAGCCAUCAGAAGUAAAGUCAUCAGGAAAGAAAAUUUGCAAGCAGUACAAUGAAGGUCAGAGAGUUCUUGCGAAAUGGAAGGAUAAUAAAAUGUAUGAAGCAGUCAUUAAGAAAUGCAUUGGAGAUGAUAAUUAUCUAGUUUUCUUUAAAGAGGAUGGUAUGAAGCGUAAACUUCACACAUCAGAUAUUCAAGAAAUUUACAAGAAAAAGGUACCAGUUGUUUCAAAAUCGGAUGAGCAGAGUGAAGUUAAAGUUGCUACUAAAGAAUUUGUCAUUCAAGAAGAUCAUAAUCAAUAUAAGUGCUCUUACGAUGGCUGUACUAAAAGCUUUCGCAAAGAAACUCUUUUAACGUCGCAUUUAAAACACUAUCAUGGUGAGCAGAAAGGAAAGAAUGAUGUCUCUAGCAAAGUACAGGAAUGUAAGAGUGUAACUGAAAUCACUGUGGGUAAUAAAAGAAGGCAUAGCAUAAAGCAAAAAGAGUCUGUACGUCAUGUAAAAAGUAAUCUUGAGGUAGGAAAUGUUGCAGAAGUUUUAUCAAAAUAUGUUGAAAUUAAAAAAGAGAAUAAAAGAAGAUUAAGUCUAAAACAAGAACUUGUCGAUGGUCUUAAAAAAGACUUUCAAACAGCGCUUACCAGUGAAGCAGUUAAAGUCCUGGAGGUAAAAAAUGAAAUUCCUUCAAAUGGGAAUUCAGAUGAUGUGGGCCAGCAGUUAAAAACAUCUGCAAAAAUAGACACUCCUGUUCCCCAGAGAUCUUUCAGGAGAAAAGUUUCUCUACCUGCUAAAUAUGCGAAUUCAGAAGUUUAUUUGACCUCUCCUGUUAUUAAACAAAUCCGCAACUUAAGUGAUGAAAGAGAGACUUUCCCUGUUGUAAAACAUCCAGAGAAAAAAACCUCAAAAUCAAUUGUCCAAAGAAGGAAAGAAUCGGUCUAUACUGUAAUGAGUGGUUUUGCAUCCAAAUACAAUGAUAAAGAAAAGAAAAUGGAAAAGAGUGUUAAAAAACCAAGUAUCAUUGAGCGACUGGUAAACAAAUCUCGGUCAUUACGAUCACAGUACAAAAUAACAAAUCGUAAAUCUAAUAUGCUAAAGAAAAGAAAUACUGCUUGGAAGAAAAGUAAAUCUCAGAUUAGUUCAGAAGAUUUGAGAAAUGAAAACUUGAAUUGUGAUGUAAAUACAAGUGAAAAUAAAAUUGUCGAAGAGGUUGAAGUAAGUAAAAUAAUCAACCAGGAAGCAAAAUCCAGCACAUCGGAAGAUAUUCAAUCACAUAGUAAAUCCAAAAUAUUAAAUGAAAAAGAAGUUGCUAAUGUACAUGCAGCUAAACCUGACAUAACUGAAUUUAGUGUAACUAAGCUUAGUACUGAAUCAUUGUAUGCUGGCCAUUCUAUGUCUUUGCCCUCAAAUUCAGUUGAGCAGUUUGCAAAUCAAGUCUCAUCACAAAUCGAUGAAAAUUCAGCAGCAGACUUUAAUGAAGUAAAUAAAACCUACAGAAUGGCUGUUGAUGCUGUAUCAAGCCACUGGUCAAGUAAUUCUCAAAAUAAAGAGACAAAUGAUGAUUUAAAAAUGGCCACUAAUAUAGAUAUUGAUAAAAAAAAUCCAGGAGUAACUGAUCUGCCGCCAAAUAAAACUUCUCAGUUGGAGGACUUUGAUGUUAAACAUGAUAAAAAUAUAUCUUUAAGUUCUGUUUUAAAUACUAUAUCCAAAUCUGUGGAUUCAGAGGAUCACACCACGAAUAAUAAUGCUAAAAAGGAUAUCAAAAUUAAAGCUGAUUCUACAUCAACUAGUGCUUCUUUAGUUCCCAGUCAUGUUAUGUGCACGCGUUUUAAAGAUUCAACCUUGGAAAAGGCAAAAUUGGAAACUAAAGAAAAUAGCUGUGUUUUACCUGUCAGGAGGAGAAUAAGGAGGCCUCCUUGGACAGGAAUACGGUAUCGGCGGAGAAGAACUCGAUCAAAAAAUGACUCGUUAUCAAAAGAUACUGAAUCGAUAGUUUCAGAUAAUGCAGCAGUAUCUCCAGAAAAAGAUGCAGCUUCUGAUGGUCCUAAAUACAAGAUUCCCAACCUAUCAGAAAUCGAAAACUCCGAAAGUCUCGAAGGGGAUGAUCUUGUGGUGUGUGUAUGCAACAGUACCGCAGACGAGGGCAAGAUGGUCCAAUGCGAUUUCUGCAAAACAUGGCAGCAUUGUGUGUGUCUUAAUAUAAAAUAUGUUCGACAAGAUGAAGAACAUAUGUGUCAUAACUGCCGUUAUUCUAAAGCCAUCGAGGAAACAAAAGAUAAACAUGACAUGGAAUGGAUUUCGAAACGGGAAUUACCCUUCUUCAAAUUUUCACAGCUGGCUUCUAUGAAUGAGACUGAGAAAGAAGCAAAAAUUCAACCUUUGAUGCAGAUUGUCGAUUUUUACAACCGUGCCAAAGAUCUUCAAAGGAUUUUGACAAAAUGUAAGCAUAUCUAUACCUAUCUCAAAGAAUGUUAUCGUGAUAAAACAGAUGAAGAAAAAUGUAGUGAUUCCACUUUAUCAAAUGCUUCUGCUUCAUCCGAUUUGGAUAAUUUGACAGCAGCGGCAUAUAUAAUUGUUCCAGAAAGUUUAUGUUCAAUUUAUUUUCUUGAUAUUUUGAUCAGUGAUCAUUUUGCUGAAAAGUAUGCUGUUGAUAUUUUAACAGAAGAAGAAAUAAAUAUUCUGGUUUCAUUGAAGCCUUCCAUCAGCUCUUUUUUGCUAAAUUGUGAAAGGAAAUCAGAAAGGAAAAGUGACAGAGAAUCUGAAUUUCUGACUUGUCACUCAGAGAUUAAACCUAUUUUAGUGAAAAUUCUUAAUGCUUGUAAAAUGUUGACCUACAAUGAAAAAUUAUGCACAUCUGUAGCUUCUGAUACUGUCUUGAAAUCUAAUAUGAAAAUGAAAUUGGAGAGGAGUAGUGAUUUUGCAAAAUUAUUUCAAGACAUCAGAUUGGGGAAAAAACCAUCUUUAGACAGCAUUUUAGAAAAUGAAGAGUUUUUAGAAUCAUACUCUUUAACAAGCACUGGAAAUUCAGACUCCAACAAAAAGUGUGAACUCAUUGGAUUCCUUGUGCUUAAAAGAUGUGAGAACGGUGAAAAUAAAACCUUAUGUGUUGGGCUUGGUACUGUAAAUGUAAUAACAGUAGAUAAACUUGAUGAUUCUUUUGAUAAUAAAAUGUCUACAGAGAAGGAAAAACUGAAUAUUUUAGAUGCGUUAGGAAAGGAUCUUGAGAGUAUAGAUGUAACCCAUGCAGCAUUUUGUCCGAAAGAAGUUAUGGAAAGUUUGUUCAAUUUUUUUAAUUAUGCGAAUUCAGAGUUGACUUCACUGUUGACAGCAAUACAGGCUGCAAAUGAUGCCGAUGAUCCACCAUUAGAAGAAUGCAAAACAGAGUAUAGCAGGGAUAAUAUAUCCAAUGUAAUAAAAGGAGUAGUUAAGGAUUUAGAACUUCUGAAAUCGAUUGAGCAGUUUAAUAUACUUGGCACUGGAUGGAAUGGCAUUUCAGUUCCGACAAAGUUACCAUGAAGAGAACUGACUAGAAAUUAUCUUUAUCACAAAUUGUAGAUGCUCAUCACCGAGUCGGAUUCUCAUUGAUUUUUUAACUGUGAAAAAAACCUGCUCCCAUAUAAAUGAGACUUUAUAACAGAGAAACCUGUGUUAACAAUAGCUCUUAAAUUCUGUUUAUUUUCGAAGGUAAACUGGAGAACAAAACAUUAUAUGCAUGAAUGACAGGAGCAAAACAAAGGUCAAAUUUAUAAGCUUUUAUUUAGCUCACUCAUGGUGUUUGUGGCUAUGGUCAAAAGUUUUAAUCAGUUUUUAAACUACUUCCUGAUAAGUUACCGAGUUCAAAUUUUGGACUGUGAAUGAUAAUAAAGUGUGGUGAAAACAAUUUUUUUCAAAAUUUAAAUUUUUUUAAUUUAAUUUUGAAAUGAUUUUUUCACAUGCAUCUUCAUUUAUUAUUAUUAUUUACGUGUUUCACCUUAAGGCACUACAAGGAAGGGUGGGAUAUCUUCAUUUAACAAACAAAAUAAAUACGGUUUAUAGAUCAUCAAUUUAA